GCUCUCUCCACCCCCCCCCCUCUCUCUCUCUCUCUUUGGGUACGAGAUUUAGAACUAAAACUGAUGGUACCUACCGCAUGUAUCUUCCCCCUCUCUCUCUCGCUCUCUCUCUCUUCCCUCUUUCUGUAGUUCCCUGUAGUAUGGUUUUUUGGGAUUUGGUCUUCAGGUUUUGCUAGUCGCGUUUUUCAUGGUUUAUUUUUAGGGAUUACUUUUGUCGUCUGAUCAUGGAAGAGAAGAAAAUACUAUCUCAUAUACUGAUAGAUGCAAAUAGCUGCUCGUACCUUCAAACUAAUUCAAGGGUCAUUCAUGAUACUGUGGUUUCAUGAAAAGUUAAUUUGAUUCAAAUCUGGAGCUCCACAGGCUUUAGCUCUGUAUUUACAUUCGACCCAAUCUUGCAGUUGCUUGAUGGAUACUCUAUAACAUUGUUUGCUCGUUGGUAAAGGGCAAAAAAAAAAAACUAUAUUUUCAUGUAUUUCUUGCCCUGUUCUAGCCCUUUUUCUUUCCCGUUUUGCUCUUUUCUAAUGAACCCAACUUUAGAAAAGGAAAUUUUGAUUUUCCAUGUGCUUAUUGCUCUGUUUUAGCUCAUUUUCUUUCCUUGUAUUGUCUUUCCUUUCAACCCCAAUUUCUCACUUUGGAUACUCUGAUUCAGAAACAUGAAUGAGAUAUAUUUGUUCAACCAUAUUGGGGGCCUUUUUAUGCCCUUUUCUCUAUAGAAACAGAAAUUUCUGGCUUGUUGGGUUCUUCAUUACUUGUGAGAAAAUGAGGAAAACCAGUAAUAAUCAUUCUGGGAGGCCAUUCAGUGAUAGAAGAUGGCUUCUUCCUUUCAUGGCUACUUCGCUUGUGUCCCUCACUCUCCUCCUUGCUGCUGCAUUUGGUCUUCUCUCCCCCCCUUACAGCAACAAUAGUCUCUCUCUAAAAUUCGUUUCUUUUUCGAGGACAGAUGACCCAGUUGGUUACUUUGUAGAAUCUGAUUUGAAGAACCAAAAGCCCCCAAUUAGGGUUUCAGAACCUCCAAGAAUAGCUUACCUUAUUGCUGGUACAAAGGGUGAUGGCCCAAGAAUUAGAAGGGUUUUACAGGCUCUUUAUCACCCAAGAAAUCGGUAUAUAUUGCACAUGGAUCUUGAGGUUCCACCUAGAGAGAGAAUUGACCUUGCCAUAUAUGUCAAGGAAGAUCCUGUUUUCCGAGAGGUGAAGAACGUGAUUGUAAUGGCACAAGCAAAUUUGGUGACCUAUAAAGGACCCACUAUGAUUGCUUGUACCCUUCAGGCCAUUGCCAUCUUGCUUAAAGAAGGUGGGAAUUGGGACUGGUUUGUGAACCUCAGUGCUUCGGAUUACCCUCUUGUAACACAAGAUGAUUUGCUGCAUGCUAUGUCCCACAUGUCAAGGGGUCUCAACUUUAUUGAGCACACCCGUAUUGUUGGUUGGAAGGAGAAUCAAAGAGCAAAACCAAUCAUUGUAGACCCAGGACUUUAUCUCUCUAAAAAGGCAGAAAUUUAUUGGGCAUCUCAACGCCGGAGUCUUCCUACUUCUUUUGCUUUAUUUACAGGCUCUGCAUGGGUCAUGCUAGCUCGACCCUUCCUCGAGUACUGCAUAUGGGGUUGGGAAAACCUUCCCCGAACCAUCCUGAUGUACUAUGCCAACUUUGUCUCUUCACCUGAAGGCUACUUCCACACCGUCAUAUGCAACUCCAAGGACUUCAAAAACACCACAUUGAACCACGACCUUCACUACAUUGCAUGGGACAACCCACCUAGGCAACACCCACUUUCUCUGUCCAUGAAAGAUUUUGAAGAAAUGGUGCAAAGUGGUGCUCCUUUUGCUCGAAAGUUUGCGAAGGAUGAUCCUGUAUUAGAUAAGAUUGAUAGUGAGUUGUUGGGUCGAGCUCACACUGGGUUCACGCCUGGUGCCUGGUGUGCUGGUGGCUCUAGAGUUGGGUCCAAUGAGGACCCAUGUUUGGUUCGAGGGGAUGACUCGGUCUUUAGGCCAGGUCCUGGAUCAGAGAGGUUGAAAGGCCUGUUUGAAAAGCUUUGCUCGAAGGAAUUUCAGGACAAACAAUGCCCUCUGUAAGGAUGAUCGAUGUGUACAUAAAGGAGAGUUAUAGUUCACGAGCUGUAGAAUUUCCUUUGUUUUUCUUACAAAAACAAUUUUCCUACAAAAUUGGAUUUAGAUUUUUGGACU